GGAAGAUGACCGCGGGCGCUGGCGUGCUGCUCGUUCUGCUGUCGCUUUCCGAUGCGCUCCGGGCCCACAAUGAGGAUCUUACAGCCAGAGAGACCUGCAAGGCUGGGUUCUCGGAAGAAGAUUACACGGCCUUAAUCUCCCAAAACAUUCUGGAAGGGGAGAAGCUGCUGAAAGUCAAGUUCAGCAGCUGUUUGGGGACCAAGGGGACACAAUAUGAGACCAACAGUGUGGACUUUAAAGUCGGAGCAGACGGGACAGUCUUUGCCACCCGGGAGCUACGGGUCCCCUCCGAGCAGGUGGCAUUCACGGUGACAGCGUGGGACCGCCAGACAGCCGAGAGAUGGGAUGCCGUGGUGCGGCUACUGGUGGCCCAGACCUCGUCCCCGUACUCUGCACACAAGCGGCAGAAAGAAAGGAAGAGUGGAGUUCCAGAUCCCUCCCCGCCUCCGAAAGACACGCUGUUGCCGUGGCCCCAGCACCAGACCUCCAGUGGGCUGAGACGACAGAAACGGGACUGGGUCAUCCCGCCCAUCAAUGUGCCGGAAAAUUCCCGGGGGCCCUUCCCACAGCAGCUCGUGAGGAUCCGGUCUGACAAGGACAAUGACAUCCCCAUCCGAUACAGCAUCACAGGCGUGGGCGCCGACCAGCCCCCCAUGGAGGUCUUCAGCAUCGACUCCAUGUCCGGCCGCAUGUACGUCACUCGGCCCAUGGACCGAGAGGAGCGAGCCUCAUACCAUCUCCGCGCACACGCCGUGGACAUGAAUGGCAACAAGGUGGAGAACCCCAUCGACCUGUACAUCUACGUGAUUGACAUGAAUGACAACCGCCCCGAGUUCCUCAACCAGGUGUACAACGGCUCUGUGGACGAGGGCUCCAAGCCAGGUACCUACGUGAUGACAGUCACUGCCAAUGAUGCUGACGACAGCACCACGGCCAAUGGGAUGGUUCGGUACCGCAUUGUGACCCAGACACCCCAGAGCCCGUCCCAGAACAUGUUUACCAUCAACAGCGAAACAGGAGACAUUGUGACAGUGGCGGCCGGCCUGGACCGGGAGAAAGUUCAGCAGUACACGGUCAUCGUUCAGGCCACAGACAUGGAGGGAAAUCUAAACUACGGCCUCUCGAACACAGCCACCGCCAUCAUCACCGUGACAGAUGUGAAUGACAACCCGCCGGAGUUCACCACAAGCACGUUUGCAGGGGAGGUCCCUGAAAACCGCAUAGAGACAGUGGUGGCAAACCUCACGGUGAUGGACCGAGAUCAGCCCCACUCGCCAAACUGGAAUGCCGUCUACAGAAUCAUCAGCGGGGACCCUUCUGGACACUUUAGUGUGCGCACUGACCCCGUCACCAACGAGGGCAUGGUCACCGUGGUGAAGGCCGUGGACUACGAGCUGAACAGAGCUUUCAUGCUGACCGUGAUGGUGUCCAACCAGGCGCCCCUGGCCAGUGGGAUCCAGAUGUCCUUCCAGUCCACAGCAGGCGUGACCAUCUCAGUCAUGGACGUCAAUGAGGCCCCCUACUUCCCCUCCAACCACAAGCUGAUCCGCCUGGAGGAGGGCGUGCCCACAGGCACUGUGCUGACCACGUUUUCAGCUGUGGACCCUGACCGGUUCAUGCAACAAGCUGUGAGAUACUCAAAGCUGUCAGACCCUGCAAACUGGCUGCACAUUAACACCACCAAUGGUCAGAUCACCACAGCGGCAGUCCUCGAUCGCGAGUCCCUCUACAUCAAAAACAACGUCUACGAGGCCACCUUCCUGGCAGCUGACAACGGAAUCCCCCCAGCCAGUGGCACCGGGACCCUCCAGAUCUAUCUCAUUGACAUCAAUGACAACGCCCCUGAGCUGCUGCCCAAGGAGGCCCAGAUCUGUGAGAAGCCUGGCCUGAAUGCCAUCAACAUCACGGCAGCCGACGCCGACGUCGACCCCAACAUCGGCCCCUACGUCUUUGAGCUGCCCUUCGUCCCAGCUGCCGUGCGCAAGAACUGGACCAUCACACGCUUAAAUGGUGACUACGCUCAGCUCAGCCUACGCAUCUUGUACCUGGAGGCCGGGGUGUACGAUGUCCCCAUCAUCGUCACAGACUCUGGGAACCCGCCCCUGACUAACACGUCCAUCAUCAAAGUCAAGGUGUGUCCAUGUGACGACAAUGGUGACUGCACCACCGUGGGCGCAGUGGCAGCAGCUGGUCUGGGCACCGGGGCCAUCGUCGCCAUCCUCAUCUGCAUCCUCAUCCUGCUGACCAUGGUCCUGCUGUUUGUGGUGUGGAUGAAGCGGCGGGAGAAGGAGCGCCACACGAAGCAGCUGCUCAUCGACCCCGAGGACGACGUGCGGGACAACAUCCUCAAGUAUGACGAGGAAGGCGGAGGCGAGGAGGACCAGGACUAUGACCUCAGCCAGCUGCAGCAGCCAGAAGCCAUGGAGCACGUGCUGGGCAAGGCUCCCGGGGUGCGGAGGGUGGAUGAGCGGCCAGUGGGUGCCGAGCCCCAGUACCCAGCCAGGCCCGUGGUGCCACACCCAGGUGACAUCGGCGACUUCAUCAAUGAGGGGCUCCGAGCAGCUGACAAUGACCCCACGGCACCCCCCUAUGACUCCCUGCUGGUCUUCGACUAUGAGGGCAGUGGCUCAACCGCAGGCUCUGUCAGCUCCCUGAACUCGUCCAGCUCCGGGGACCAAGACUACGAUUACCUCAACGACUGGGGGCCCAGGUUCAAGAAGCUGGCGGACAUGUACGGAGGCGGCGAGGAGGACUAGCGGGCCGCCUGUCUCUAGACUGAAAUGAGAGCAGCAGCGCUGGGACACAGAGGAGGAGGACUGAGCAGAGGCCAGUGCUCCGACCCUCCCCGCGACAACGCGAGGCCACCGCGGUGUGUUAGGAGGCCCCGCCUCCCUGGCACUGAGCUGUCCAGCAUGAACACUCCCCCAGCGCCCGCGCUGCCUGGCGCAGCGGCCGCCAACUUGUCACUGAGGAGAGCGAGAGGCACUCUGUCUUAACUUGAAUUUCUCAGAGCAGGAGCACUGUUUAAAAAAA